GAUUUGCUUACUCGGAGCAGGACUGAGUUUGGAGCGGGUACUGUGAAAUGUGUAACCAUGAUGUUGCCUGGAUAAUCAGCGGAGGACGUUAGAAAACAAGAGACCUACAACCAGCUGAAGGCAAGUGAAGCAGGCAGGACAAGCCACACCUCAUGCGUGGGUUCAGCAAAGGUGCGAGUGGAUACGGAUCUGACAAACAUGGGUGUGCUCCAGCUCCACAAUCCCACUCACCCCAGCACACUUCUGCAGAAGGCCAAUCAGAUGCGUCUGACCGGCACCUUGUGUGAUGUCAUCAUCACCGUGGACGGCCAGGAGUUCCCGGCGCACCGCACCGUCCUGGCCUGCACCAGCAAAAUGUUCGAGAUCUUGUUCCACCGCAGCAGCCUGCGCUACGCACUGGACUUCCUGUCCCCCAAAACCUUCCAGCAGAUCCUGGAGUAUGCUUACACCGCCUCCCUUCAGGCCACAGCGGAGGAUCUUGAUGACCUGCUGUACGCCGCUGAGAUCCUGGAGAUAGAGUACCUGGAGGAGCAGUGUCUGAAGGUGCUGGAGACCAUCCAGGCCGAGGAGAGCGAGGACGUGUCGGUGAGGAAUAACAGCUCCGGAGACCACAGUGACCACAGCCGGGCCAGGCACUGGAGGCACAUGUUGAUGUCCAAGAAGCAUUCCAUACAGGAUGGACCCAUCCGCACCACUCCCACUGCCCUACACCACCUGGCGCUGUACCACAUGACGGAGAGGAGCUCUCCUGGUGUUGAGCCGGACGCGGCUCCUGAAUCAAGCCCCAAGCUGGACACAGAGGUCAACAUGGAGAGUUCCCAGCAGCCUCAGCACCUCAGUGCAGAGUUAUCCCAGGUCUCAUCCCUGGAUCCUGCCAGAAGUAUAAAGUCAGAAAAUAUGCAGGUGGAUGAUGCCAACGGCUGUGAGGGCAGGUCCUCCAGUGCAGGGGAAGGAAGCUGCAUGUCAGAUCAGCCCAGAGACGAAGGCCCGGGUACACCUCUGAGAAGCAGCGUGAUCACCAGCGCCCGAGAGCUGCAUACAGGCCCGGAGGACGGAGCACAAGUGGUGGGAAACACUCUUGACUCUUUCCCCGGGAUUGCCGAGAAACAUCUGGCCUCCAUAUACUCUGUGCCCUCCAACCACACAGGGGAGGGGAUGAUGCCAGUGUCUGUGUCAGUGACCCCGUCCCUGGGUGUGCCACUGGACCCGAGGGCCUACAGCGGCCUGCUGCACCAAGGGUUGCUGCACAGGGAGCUCCUCAGCAGGCUGGGCCAGUUUGCAGCCGGGAUGAGGCACGAGAGCCAGGCUCAAAGCCAGCAGUGUUGUGGUGAAUGUGGGCUUCAGCUGCACAGCAGACAGGCCAUGGAGCAGCACAGGAGGCUGCAUAAUGAGGAGAAGGGCCAUGGCUGCGAAUACUGUGGCAAACACUUCCAGGACAGCAUGCGUCUAAGGAUGCACAUGCUGUCUCACACAGCUCCUGCAGAGGCGCUGGUGUGUGAUCAGUGCGGAGCAACAUUCUCCUCAGAGGAUGCUCUGGAAGCCCACAGGCAAACACACACAGGGACUGACAUGGCGGUGUUCUGUCUGCUGUGUGCAAAGCGCUUCCAGACCCAGAAGGCCCUGCAGCAGCACAUGGAGGUCCAUGCAGGCAUGCACAGCUACAUCUGUAGCCACUGUGAGCGCCCCUUCCCAAGCCACACCACACUCAAACGACACUUGCGCUCUCAUUCGGGCGAUCACCCGUUUGAGUGUGAAUUCUGCGGGAGCUGUUUCAGAGAUGAUGGAACGCUAAGGGGCCAUAAACGCAUCCACACAGGAGAGAAGCCUUAUGAAUGCAACGGCUGUGGGAAGAGGUUCAGCCUCAAACACCAGCUAGAGACACACUACCGUGUACAUACAGGUGAGAAGCCAUUCGAGUGUAAGCUGUGUCACCAGCGGUCCAGAGACUACUCGGCUAUGAUUAAGCACCUGCGCACUCACAACGGAGCGUCUCCGUACCAGUGCACCAUCUGCCAGGACUUCUGCCCAAGCCUGGCCGCCAUGCAGAAGCACAUGAAGGGCCACAAACCAGAGGAGGUGCCGGCGGACUGGAGGAUAGAAAAGACUUACCUGUACGUCUGUUACGUCUGAGCAGGACUUGGACCUCAUGCACACA